AUACGGAUUUUAAACUCCGCGUUGCAACCCCGGGGACCUGGGCCGGGGCCAGGACAGAAACUGCCCUUCCUGCCGCUGCCGCUCCUCCCGCCCGGAGCGCUCCGCCCACGGAGGGCAAUGGCGGCGCCGGCGCUGAGACCGGGGGCUGAGGUUGGCAUGACCUUGGAGGACAUUGCCCUGUACUUCUCCAGGGAGGAAUGGAGCCUCCUUGAUGAGGGUCAGAGACAGCUGUACCUGAAUGUGAUGCUGGAGAACUUUGAACUUGUAUCCUCGCAGGGUUGCUGCUGUAGAGCACAGAAUGUGGAGGUACCGACUGAAGAGAACAAUUCUGUAAGAUUGUCAGAGGCCAGGAAUCCCAAGAUAGCCUUGACUUCACAGAAGAACCACCCCUGUGAGAGCUGUGGACUAGUCUUGAGAAGGAUUUUCCACUUGACUGAGCUGCAGGGAACACAACAUGGACAGAUACAGCUGAGGUGUGGGGCAUGUGCAAAACAAUUUUAUUUCAGUGCCAAAUUUCAGCAGCAGCAUGUGAGAGAAAACACUUUCAUUAGGGGUGUAGAGAGGAUGUCACUUGCAAAGAUCUGCAAUUUCAAUGUGUCCCAGAAUCAUUUCACCUGUGGGGAGGUUGGGCAGGGCACACUUUCCUGGUCAGGGCAUCUCCAUUUAAAGGCUGAUGAGACCAGGGGCAGGCCAAAUGAUAUUUCUAAGGGUGGUUUGAUGUUUCAAAGAAGAAAAGACUUUUAUACCAGAAAAGAAUGUGAGGAAGAUCAUGGCAGCAGUAAUCUUCAUCAUUAUCAAAGAGUUCCAACUGGAGAAAAGCCUUAUAAAUGCAGUGAAUGUGGGAAAUGUUUCAAGAGUAGCUGUGGCCUCCAUUAUCAUCAAAGUUUUCACACUGGAAAGAAGCCUUAUAAAUGCAUUGAAUGUGGAAAAUCUUUUAUCACUAGCAGUGACCUUCGUCGUCAUCAGAGAUUUCACACUGGAGAAAAGCCAUAUAAAUGCAGUGAAUGUGGGAAAUCUUUUACCUAUUGGAGUAGCCUCCGUUAUCAUCAAAGUUCUCACACUGGAGAAAAGCCUCACAAAUGCAUUGAAUGUGGGAAAUAUUUCACCACUAACAGUGACCUUCAUUGUCAUCAGAGAGUUCACACUGGAGAAAAGUCUUAUAAAUGCAGUGAAUGUGGGAAAUCUUUUAUCACCAUCAGUGACCUUUGUCGUCAUCAGAGAGUUCACACUGGAGAAAAACCUUAUAAAUGCAUUGAAUGUCAGAAAUCUUUUACCAAUUGGAGUAGCCUCCAUUAUCAUCAAAGUUUUCACACUGGAGAAAAACCUUAUAAAUGCAGUGAAUGUGGAAAAUCUUUCACCAGUAACAGUGACCUUCAUUGUCAUCAGAGAGUUCAUACUGGGGAAAAGCCUUAUAAAUGCAGUGAAUGUGGGAAAUCUUUUACCACUAGCAGUUAUCUUCAUCGCCAUCACAGAGUUCACACUGGAGAAAAGCCCUAUAAAUGCAGUGAAUGUGGGAAAUCUUUUCUCACAACGUCUCACCUUUAUCGUCAUCACAGAGUUCACACUGGAGAAAUCCCAUAUAAAUGCAAUGAAUGUGGGAAAUCUUUUACCACUAGUAGUUACCUUCAUUAUCAUCAGAGAGUUCACAAUGGAGAAAAGCCUUAUAACUGCAGUGAAUGUGCGAAAUCUUUUAUCACGAGCUCUCUCCUUCAUCGGCAUCAGAGAGUUCACACUGGAGAAAAACCUCAUAAAUGCAGUGAAUGUGGGAAAUCGUUUACCAAUAGCAGUAGCCUCCAUUAUCAUCAAAGUUUUCACACUGGAGAAAAGCCUUAUAAAUGCAGUGAAUGUGGGAAAUGUUUUACCAGGAGCAGUGAACUCUCUUCUCAUCGGAGAGUUCACACUGGAGAAAGGCCUUAUGUGUGCAGUGAAUGUGGGAAAUCUUUUACCUGGAACACUGCCCUUCAUCGUCAUCGGAGAGUACAUACAGGAGAAAAGCCUUAUAAAUGCAAUGAAUGUGUGAAAUGUUUUAAAAGUAGCAAUGGUCUCCAGUAUCAUCAGAGAGUUCACACUGGAGAAAGCCAUUAUGCUUGCAAAUAACAUUAGAGAUAUCACAGCCAAAUUUCUAAAUUUGCUCUGCACAUAUGAGUUUAAAUGUGAGUAAUUAUGUAGAUGUGUAGGAAAUGUAGUUUCUUAGUUAGGUCUUAACAAUAGUAUAAUAAAAUUCGUGAAGUCUCAUUUAUCUGAAUUGUAUCUCAUGUAUUUAAUCACAUUAUGUAAAGUCCCCAAAAGUUUUUGCUAUUGUGUUUGUUUUUAUGCUAGAACCAUAUGUAUCGAUGUUGCCCUGUUCAACAUACAUAGAGAGACAUGUUGCCAGAUCUAUGUCACUGCAUAUUUCUGUUGCUGAGGGUAUUUCGCCUAAACCAUGUAUGCGGCCCCUACAGAUGGCAUCAAUCACCAUCCUUAUUUGCACAGUGAAGCUAACUCUGUUGUCUAAUUUGUUGAAGAAAAAAUUAGGAAUACUUGAGCCUUUAGUUCUUACUUGUGUCCCUGUCAAGAGUUUCCACAGGACUGAUUACUGUUGGUGCCAGUAAACAUGUUUCAGAGGGAUUUCCAUUUUCAGCAACACACAUUCCCUUGUUGCCAGUGAUGAAUUUAUUGAGUGCCUACGUCAUCAAUGGAAGAACUGCCACUCUCCGGUCUCUUUCUUUGCAAAAAUAAUGAAAGCUUUUUUUCUAAGACUUCUUUAAUCUUGGGUGUUCUAUUGACUCUGUGAAUUAGUUUAUAUGGAGAUCUGGAUUCUCCUAGCAUGAUGAGGUGAAAAAGUUAUGGAGCCUCGAACAUUCUUUGACGUUGAAGGAAUGGUAUGGUGUAGACAUUUCCACAGCAGUUUUUGCCAAAUUUACAUUGCUGCCCUUAAUAUCCCAGGAAACACUGUAGACUCUCUAGUCCUCAUGUGAAGAUGGAUGUUUUGAAACACAGAGAUCAUUCCAAUAAUGGGGUAGCUGUGUAAAUUUUCUAGCAGCAUAAAAAUUUUUCUUGUUUCUUAAUAGAUGCCCAUACACUUGCCUAGGUCUUGCAGAGGGCCAUGUGCCCUAAUGCCUACAAUUAGAUGGCUAAAGGUCACUGACUGGAGUACUGUAGCAUUUAGGGGAAACCAUUUCACUAUGGAAACAUUGACCUAAUGAGUUUGCAGGGGAUUACAGCCCAUUAGAUGGAAUGUUCCUCAUCUAAACUUGCAUGCAAGAAUGUUUCUGAGAAAAAGACUACAGGAGCAGUGUGUACACAGAUGUGAGGAUCUCCAGGCAUGUUGAUCUUCUGUGGACACAGUUAUUGUCAUUGACUAUAAUCAAGAGGUUUUGUGGCUUCCUGUAUCCUCUCAGAGGUUCACCUCAUAUCCAUUGGUGUGCUGGCAGAAAAACAAAGACAAAGGCAAAGGGUGUCUGUAGUCCAGUGAUCUGACUUUUUUGACCCAGAAAGCAUUCUUGUUGGUUUGUGUGAAAGUCCUUCAUUGUUCAUUACAUUUUCUGUUCCCGAUGGCAUAAGAUGGUGAAUUGAAUAUAGAUUUGCCCAACCUAUUUUUCCAAUAUAGUUGAAAAUGCACAUUUUAAAAUUUUGAAUCAGUUUUUAAAAGGUAUAAUGAGUAAAGUACAGGUUAGGUAUACUGUUUCAUAAAUUAUGAUGUGUUCAUUAAACUAAAACCAUCAUUAUAAUCUUAAUAUUAAUCAGAUCUGUCCCUGUGAACUUGGUUCAUGACUUUUUUAAACGUGUCCCUGGGCUUCACAGCUUAUGUAACAUUGACAUACAUUCCAGUUUAAUAGAUCACUUUUCAUUUUUCUAAGGAUUUUUUUGGCUUUAAUAUAUAUUUCAUAAAUUCUUAGAGAUUUAUUAAAUAUAUAUUAGUAUAUCAUGUUUUUUUCCUGAUAUUCUUACCGUUGAAUAUAUCAUCAAUAGUUUAUCCAUUUUAUGAACAUUUAGUCAUUUCUUCUU